AUGGACACUAUCGACCCCUUACCCCUCGGGAUCAUGAUGCGCGCCGCGUGCUUCGUCCCUAAGAAGACUCCCCUCACGUUCACCCCGAACACUCGGUCAAACUCUGCCACGUCGAACUCGCGAACGUCCCGACACGCGGUGGGGCCCAGCACGCCCGCGUUGUUCACCAUCACGUCAAGGCCGCCGAACCUCUCGACCGCGUGGUCGACCGCUCGCCGCACGUCGUCUUCCACGGUCACGUCACAGCGGACGAAUGAGACGUUGUUGUUACCAACAAGGCAGAGGUCGUUGGGGUCCCGCACGUCGGCCACGCAGACUUUGGCGCCGUGCCUGAGGAACGAGCGCACGAUGCUCUCCCCGAUGCCGCUGGCCCCGCCCGUCACAAGCCCCACUUUGCCCACCAGCCUAAUUAACAAUUAA